AUGCACUAUCUGCCAAAGCUUUUCUGCCACAACUUGAGGCUGAUGUGUGACGUUCAUAUGGCACUAACUAUGUUCUUCUGUCAACAAAAGAAAAACCUCCACCCUGUCCCAGCUGAGGGACACGCUGCCGCCAGAUCUAUGAAACUCCUGGCAAAGAUUCCCAAGGAUGCCGAGGCCACUGUGGUCUUAGUGGGGUGUGUGGAGUUCUUAGAGAAGCCUGCGAUGGCCUUUGUCCGGCUCAACGAGGCUGUGCUGCUGGAGUCUGUUCUGGAAGUCCCCGUCCCCGUUCGGUUUAUCUUUGUGCUGCUGGGCCCCACGCAGACCAACAUGGACUAUCAUGAGAUUGGACGCUCCUUCUCCACCCUCAUGUCCGAUAAGGUUCAUCUUACAUGCAAUAUAUAUCACGGUUUGUAGAUUAUUAGGGCCAAGUAACAAAUAUGUGAAGAGACCAAUUCUAUCUCAUUGUUUUCUGCUGUUUAGUUUCUUUUUCAGAAAAUUUCGGG